CGACGCAAUCAUUUCGACCACAAGGCCGACAUAUGAUUUAUUGUUUCUGCUAUGAUUCCUCAUAUAUAAUUAUUUAACUCCAACCAACUCUAACCAAACAUUUUUGAAAUUUUUGAAUAUAAUUUUUGACAGGAUGACAGGAUUCAGAGAAUUCAUACAGGAUUUAUUAUUUAUUUUGUUUAAAGCAUUUAAAGCAGGUACUCUGUUUAAAGUGACAUCAAAUAUUUGAGUAAAGUGCAAUACAAUAAAUUAUUUAAGGUUUUUCGUAAAUGGAUUUGAAGACAAAAAAAGUUGCGGUAGUAAUCUUUAGCACUAGUCAUUCAUGAGGUAACCUUCAUCUAUCUUUGUUCUUACCCAGCGAUGGCUGGCGUUAUACCUAAAAAAUCUGUUUCGGGGAAAAGUGGUAGAAAACAAUGGAGUUUACAUGGUGCUCAAAGAAGUGCUCUAAAACACCUUCGUAGUCAAUUAGCGUCUGAUGGAUGCCCAGAAUCCCAAGUAGUUCUUGCUAAACAAUUGCUGUAUGAAGAAUGUGAAUUUGAAUCUGAACAAAAAGAAAAUGCCAAGUUAGGAGUAUAUUGGUUAAUAAAAGCAUCCGAACAGGGAAAUUCAGAAGCAACACAACUAUUAAAAACAUGUUUAGAAACGGGGAAAGGUAUAAAUGAACAUAAUUAUAUUGACGUGAAAAGUUCUAUCACCAUGACACAGGAUGAAAAAAUUGUCAGAAGAGCUGCUAAAGAAAUAUUUGCUAGUUUGUCAAAUGGCGGAGAAUAUAUUACCUCUCAUCAGCUUCAGAAGAAAAUUCUUUCUAUUGAACGGGGUGAAAGUUAUUCCAAAAAUAGAGAGAGAAAAGAUGCAGGGGAUCUAGAGACUACUUGUGAAGAAGCCAAUGGAGAAAUUAUAAACGACUUUGACGAUUUGUCUAGUGAAUCGGAAGAAGAAACUAAUUGGUUACAAAAAUCGAAUUUAAAUAAUGAAAAACUAACUGAAGAUAAAGUUUUGUCGGCUGCUAUAACAUUUUCUCACGGUCAUCUUCCAGUUGUUAAUAAUAUGCUAUCUUUAACCGAGCCAAAUUUAAGGUCUUUAGAUCACAUCCCCUUUGUUUAUUGGUGUAUAGUUCAUCCAAUAUUGUCUUUAAAUGUGAUAUACUUUAAACUUAUUAAGUUUUUAGGCGCAAAAUCCCUUCCUUUCGCGUUUUCUAGGCUUAAUAUUUCUUUAUUUAUAAUUUUAACGUAUUGUCUUAUAAAUUUUAGAGAUUUUAUUUAUUUUUUGCCCACACUUGUUUUUUAUUUAUCGUUUAUAGUUAUGCUCUUUACCACGCUACAAAUGCUACAAAUUCAAAGAGACUUGCAUGAAUUCUCUUUGUGGAGAGGACUAUUUAUUUGUUAUUCAAAUGGAAAUUUGAACGAACAUAGCUUCGAAGUGCAAUUUAUUUUUAAUCAUAUUAAACCAUACAUUUGGUAUUUUUGUAGUUUAUUGAUACAUUAUUUUUGUUAUUCAAUCACUUCAGUGAAAGUAGAGUCCGAGUUUACUGUAAUAUCGUUUUGUUUGAUAUUUAUGACGUUAUUUGGAUUUUUGCCUAAACGUCGAUCGAAAACAGUGUUUGAUUUAUUGACUCUGUUUAGUUUUGCAAUAAAUGUGCUUGCCAGAUAUCCAUACGAGACUGAUCCCAUAGUAUCUCAAGGAUGGAGGUUUUUAGAUCUUAACGUUCCAUCGUUUCCAAGUUACGUAGUCGGUAAUGGAAUCGAAUUUUGUAUCAGUUUUCGAUCUUUACUCUAUUCAAUUAUACCCAUAAUUUUAUCUCGAAUGGCUGUAAGAGAUAACUGGCGUGGUAUUUAUAAAGUCCUUCUACCUCAUCUAGUCACUUUAAGCUGGUUACAGUAUUUUGCGUUAUGUUCGCAUAAUGCAACCACCUAUGGCCUCUACCGUGCCACUCUAGCAUUAGUCGGAUCUGUUUUAUUUUUGCCAUUAGUUGGUUUAAUGUCAGUUAUUUUACCAGUAGCCGCCCUUUCAAAAUGGCUCAUCUCGUCAAAUAUGAUCUAUACCAUCGGUCUAUUUAUCUUCUUACUUAUGAUAUGCCUAGCAGUUUGCUACGUAUGUGCUAAGACCAAAUAUGCCAAAUAUACUGCGAUAGUACAAAUUGUACUUAUGCUUGUAACUUCCUUUGUUCUACUAAGAUCGUCACAGCACGCAUCCGAUGUUAAUAUUGAAUCUAAAACCUUAUCGUGGGAGAAUUUCGAACAUUUAUGUUAUAAAGACUUGUGGGAAGGAAGUGAAAAUAGCGUACAAGCGCAAAUUAAAUGCUCUGAAUUAGAAAACACGCCUAUUUUCUGGGAAGCGACCAUUACCGACGUUAAGUUAUUAUCAAUUCAAAAUAAAUACAAAAACAUAUUUGAUAAGUUUCCCAAGUUUAUCGCAGACGAAUUAUAUUGCUUGUAUGGGAAAGAAAUAGCGUCUACAUGUGAUCAAAAUGACGCAAAGCAAAUUAGAAAUUGUAUGAUUUUUCAAGAAUCCGUUACAAAAAGAUGUAGUUUACAAGAUUAUAAUUCCUAUACAUACGAACUUACAUUAAAGAUGUCAUCAUCAUAUUGGAGUUUAACUCCGGUGGUACACUUAGCUCUCUCUAAUGAUUUUACAAAUUUCACUCUCAGACUUAAAGAAAAGGAUCAAGUUUGGUUUAAAGGUGUUUUGUACAAUAGUAAUAAUAAUGUUGGUAAUGAUGGGAUAUUAGGUUCUUUACAUAUUUACAUCAAAGGUAAUGAAAUCGGUUGUAUUUCAUGUGUAGACUAUGAACUAACCACUGCAAAAAGUAACCAAAGUAAUGCGUUCUCAUAUUUUAUGAUUGGAUUUUAUGAUAGCUGGAAGUUUGUUUUAAAUGUUUUAUUUAAUCCUAUAUUAAUAUUUAGAUAAUGUUUUUUUUAAAUAGUUUUAUAAUUGAAAUAAAUGUAUAUGUUAAUAAAUUAAUAUAUAUUUAAA